AUGGCAGAGGCUCCUGAUCACGGUGGUCUUGAACAAUACUUGAUCGUCGGAAAGACCCUCAAAGAUACAGUGAGAUCGUAUGCAGAACUUGUUGGCUUCCCGCUUCUUGUUCCACGCUGGGCGUAUGGGUACAUCUCCGGUGGAUACAAGUAUACUGCGAUGGAUGAGCCACCGGCACAUCAAGUGCUCAUGGAAUUUGCAGACAAGUUGAAAGAGCAUGGAAUACCAUGCUUCGCCCAUCAGAUGAGCUCAGGCUAUUCGAUUGCGGAUACAGAGCCCAAGUAUCACUCGCGAGGAAUCCGUCUCCUGGCCAAUAUUAAGCCUUUUCUACUUUCCUCUCAUCCAGACUCUAAAAAACUCGUCGAUGCUGGUGGGUUCUUCAAAGACCUGGGCACCAACAAACCAGGGUACAUGCGACUGUGGAGCGCUGGAGGCGGAACGGGGGAUGACGAAUGCCACAUUGAUUUCACCUCCGCUGUUGCUUUCAGAUGGUGGUAUGAUGGAGUUCAGAGCCUAAAACGAGCAGGUAUUGACGGAAUGUGGAACGAUAACAAUGAAUACACGCUCCCGAAUGAUGACUGGCAGGCUGCGCUUGAUGAGCCAACUGUUGGUGAAGCCGCGAAGACUCAGAAUGAAGACAAAACUAUUGGACUCUGGAGUCGUGCAAUGCACACUGAGCUCAUGGGGAAAGCUUUCCACGAUGCUCUCCUCGGCUUAGAACCCAAGUACCGACCAUUUGUCUUGACCCGAAGUGCCACCCCUGGGACAAUGAAGUAUGCAGCCAGCACUUGGAGUGGUGACAAUAUGACAAGUUGGGAGAGCAUGAAGGGGUCGAAUGCUUUGUCUCUAAACACGGGCAUGUCUCUUCUGCAGUGCGCAGGUCAUGACAUUGGCGGAUUCGAAGGGUCUCAACCUUCUCCUGAGUUACUUCUUAGGUGGAUCCAGUUGGGUAUCUAUUCGCCACGUUUUGCUAUAAACUGCUUUAAAACAUCACCAGAGAACAACUCGGUAGGAGAAGUCAUCGAGCCAUGGAUGUAUCCCGAAAUCACACCGCUAGUCCGGGACGCAAUCAAGCGCCAAUAUGAAAUUUUGCCAUAUAUCUACUCUCUUGGCCUAGAAAGCCAUCUCACAGCCUCAUCUCCGCAGCGCUGGAUUGGCUGGGGGUACGAAACAGACCCAGAAGUCUGGACGAAGACGCUCAAGUUAGGCGAAGAGCAGUAUUGGUUUGGUGACACCAUCCUUGUUGGAGGGGUUUAUGAGCCUGGUGUAAGCGUUGGAAAGAUGUACCUGCCCCGGAAGACAAACUCUCAGUUCGACUAUGAGUACGUGAACAUGAAUACUCCGUUUACCUAUCUGGCUUCGGGGCAAUGGGUCGAGGUACCUUCUGAAUGGAGGACAAGCAUUCCCCUGAUGGCUAGAAUCGGUGGUGCAAUACCCGUUGGACAGUCCGUCCAAACCAGAGUGCCUGGGGAUGGCACCUCAGCGUCAGUCGCAGUGGAAGAACUGGAUGACUACAGAGGUAUCGAGAUCUUCCCCCCUCGUAGUAGCUCGCACAACAAUGUCUUCAGUACUACUUGGCUUGAAGACGAUGGUAUUUCAAGCAACCCUAGUAUUUCAAGGUACACUGUCAGGUAUAGCUCAACAGACGACCGAGUCGUUGUUGGAUUCUCUCGCGAUGAACAGAGCGGUUUUGUCCCUGCAUGGAAGAAUUUGGACAUCACCCUCCACAAAAGGGAUGAGAGGCGUGUCAUCUCCGACGUCGGCAACAUAGUUCAGUACAAGGGUAAGGACUCUCGAGGACGGAACGUGUACACUCUUAGGUGUUAA